GGGUCCGGUGUUGAUGGGAGGACCGAAUAAAUAGCGAGCCCGGAUGCGCUCCGGGAUGAGACGGAGCAGAGGAGGCGAGCAGGAAGCCUGUCAGUGUGCUGCGCGUCCGCCCCAAAGUGUCCCCACUGCGACUUUGGACUCAACUUGUACUCUGCGCUUGUUGGCCCUAUCCCCGGCGAGCUCGCGUUUCCCGUUUCCCGUUUCUCGGCGACGUCAGUGAAGCAGUCGCCGUCUUCUCUGCUCCGGGUCGCGUAAAGAUUGGUCAGCCUCGCGCUCGCGUCCUCGUUCAGUUGACUUUUGUUGACUCGGUUGUCCACCAUGAUGAUCAUCAUCGCGGAGUUCUUCGUGGUCAUCCUGAAGGUGCUGUGGGCUUUCGUAACAGCCGGGGCCAAGUGGGUGGUGCGGCCCAAGGAGAAGAGCGUGGCCGGACAGGUGUGCGUGAUCACCGGGGCUGGAAGUGGCCUCGGGCGGCUCUUCGCCAAGGAGUUCGCCCGGCGGAGAGCCAUCCUGGUGCUGUGGGACAUUAACAGCCAAAGCAACGAGGAGACGGCGGAGAUGGUGCGGCAGAUUUACCACGAAGUGGACACGCCGACCUCCAAAGACGGUGGCGUUGAAGAAGUGCCCCCGUUCCAGCCCCAGGUGUACACGUACGCGUGCGACGUGGGCAAACGGGAGAGCGUGUACUCCACGGCCGAGAAGGUGCGUCGGGAGGUGGGCGAGGUGGACAUACUUAUCAACAACGCCGGCGUGGUGUCGGGCCAUCAUCUCCUGGAGUGCCCCGACGAGCUGAUCGAGCGCACCAUGGUGGUCAACUGCCACGCACACUUCUGGACCACCAAGGCGUUUCUCCCCAAGAUGCUGGAGCUGAACCACGGCCACAUUGUGACGGUUGCCAGCUCCUUGGGUUUGUUCAGCACAGCUGGAGUGGAGGAUUACUGUGCCAGUAAGUUCGGCGCCAUCGGUUUCCACGAGUCCCUGAGCCACGAGCUGAAGGCCUCUGAGAAGGACGGCAUCAACAUGACCCUGGUGUGUCCUUACCUGGUGGACACUGGCAUGUUCAAAGGCUGCAGGAUAAGGAAGGAGAUCGAACCAUUUCUGCCUCCCUUGAAGCCUGAAUUCUGCGUCAAGCAGGCCAUGCGUGCCAUUCUCACCGACCAGCCCAUGAUCUGCACGCCUCGCAUCGUCUAUAUGGUCAACUUCAUGAAAAGCAUCCUGCCCUUCGAGGCCAUCGUGUGCAUGUACCGCUUCCUCGGCGCCGAUAAGUGCAUGUACCCUUUCCUGGCGCAGCGGAAGGAGGCCAUGAACAACAACGAGGCCAAGAAUGGGAUCUAGGGGGCACUGUCAACAACAUGAACAGGGUCGGGGGGGGGGGGGGGGGGGGAGUUACAUUAUCCUGCGAGCACGAGGAGACGACCACUGCGAGGGAGGGUUUGGGGGAAAUGGUAGCAAGGCGGAAAGACUGACUCUGGGCUGGUGCACUUGCAUUGAGCAAAUGCAAAGGUUUACCAUAUUGUUCCUCUGGGACAAAGAAAGCUGUGUACUACACAAUGGAUUUAUGUCAUUUGUGUGUGUGUGUGUGUGAGUGUGUGUGUGUGCGUGUUUUUUAAAAGAGACAUCUAUAUAUACUGUGUCACUAGUUUUGAAACAGUAUCCAAUAAUUAACUAUUUAGUCACCAGCCUUAUCUAGUGUCAUUGGAAAUAUACAGUAUGUUACUGUACAGACAGUAAAACAACAAACCUUUCUUCCCCUUUUUUAUGUAGACCUGCACUGUAAUUUUCUAAGCUUUCUCUACACUGCCAACUCUGAAAUACACAUUAAGUUACAAACAUAUUUAAAAGUACUGUCCCUUCAUGAAACGAUUCAGUCACAUGUAAAAUGAAGAAUGUAUAUGUUCAAGAUUUUGUAGUUGUAUCUGUUACCAGGCGACCGCUGGAGGGAAAUGUAUGAAAAGAUUUGUUUAUUUUCUGUCUUCACCCCUACCCCUAAAAAAUGAAGUAACACUGUGCUGUCAGUUUAUCCAGUUGAAAGUGUGUCGUAAAUGUUGUGAGUAGCCCAGUAACCCAAAUGACAGUCUCCCUAUAUUGUCGGAUAUUUGCAAUAUGGGGAGGACACAGUUUUAAAAGACAUUCCAAUAGGCGUCACUCCUCCAGUCACAGUGAUGAGCCUCAAUUGUCUACCUCUUUGUUAUUUUGCCUUUUUAUUUUUUGACAAUAUGACAUGCCUUUUUUUUUUUUGUAAUUUCCUGAAGACUGCUCCAUAGCAAUGUAUGGUUCUGAUGUUUAGUGUCUCUACCUAACUUAAAUUAAUAAAGUGAUUUAGAUUAUUA